GCACUUUCAGUGAUUAUGUCAUGCAGCACAGCCUCCCGGUCAACCUUUCACCUACUUCCUCUCUCUCGCACUCUGACAGCCGGCAUUUGUGUUCACUGACGAGCCGCUCGUUGUGAAGAGAAGCCGUCGUCAAAGUAUUGCAGUUGGUGGCCCUUUCUGAUCUGGGGACAUAGACGUAGAUCUGGAGGUAACCAUUCAGAAAUGUGGAGGAGUACAUUUGCACGUUUCGCCCUGCCUGCCCUGCAGAGGAGGACCUCUGCCAUGGCCUGCCAGGCUCUGAGGGCUUGUCCUCGACCAGGGCAGGCUGCAGGUCCGCUACCCUCUUGUCUGACUUCGGUUCAGCUUCGUGGUCAGCAGACACUGGGGUCUGCCUCCCUCCCUGUGGCCAGCCAGUCAGUGAGGCACGUCCGGGCUCUGGAUGAGGAGAGGCUGAUGGAGGUGGAGUGGGAGGAUGGAGGCCACAGUCUGUAUCCAUUCACCUGGCUCAGAGACAACUGCCAGUGUCCGCUGUGUACCCUGCAGUCAGCUCAGGCCCGGAAACUGUUGAUGUCUGAUCUUGAUAUCCACACAGGAGUCGACGUUGUGGAGGUCACCAAUGACAACAAGGUGUCCAUCGUGUGGCCCGACCAGCACACCAGCGUGUUUGAUGCAGAGUGGCUGAAGAAACGCUGUUUCUCUCCUGCUGCCAGGCAAGCAAUGCAAGAAGAGCUUUUUCUCAAUGAGCGUUAUUACUGGGACUCCAAACUGCGCAUUCCCACCGCCGACUACCAGGAAGUCCUCCAUGAUGAUAAGGCAGCACUGGCCUGGCUCUUGGCCCUGCGUCGUGUUGGCAUCGUCUACCUGAGGGGGGCCCCAGCAGAGCAGGGCCAAGUGGCCAGACUCGCUGAGAGGAUCGGCUAUCUCAGGCUGACAUUCUACGGGCACACGUGGCAGGUCCAGGACAAAUACAUGGCAAACAAUGUGGCCUACACUUCAGGACGGCUUAGUCACCACACAGACUACCCUGCACUGCACUUCGCACCUGGAGUGCAGUUUCUGCACUGCAUCAACCAGGCAGUGGAAGGAGGGGAGAGCGAGGUGGUGGACGGCUUCCACAUGGCCGAGCAGCUGCAGAGAGAAGACCCAGAGGCCUUCAGGACACUCACCUCGCUCCAUGUGGACUUCACCGACACGGGGAUGGACUACUGUGAUUUCAUGCUGCAGUCCAAGAAAUGCAUCAUAGACGUUGAUGCCGAGGGGCGACUUGCGAGGAUAAACUACAACAACGCCACGAGAGAUUCGGUGCUGGACCUUCCCUUACACCAGGUUCAGCCCUUCUACAGAGCGCUGAAGGCCUUCGUGAACAUCAUGAACCGACCAGAGAACGUGGUCACCUACAGAAUGGAGCCAGGUGACUUGGUGACCUUUGAUAACUGGCGUCUGCUGCACGGACGCCGGAGCUACAUUAGCAGACCAGACAGGCUGCGACACCUGGAGGGCGCGUACCUGGACUGGGACGAAGUCAUGUCUCGCCUCCGGAUACUCCGCAGCUGCGUCCAUGAGAACGUGUGAGAAAAAAAAAGGUUACAUCCUUUGCAGAGAAUCUAAAUAAUGUCAGGCGGCCAAAAAAAAAACAAACAAUCUAGGAUUUAAAUUAAAUGUUGCUUUUAUAAAAAAAAAAAAACCGCUGAGGGCGAUGUGCAAAGACGCUGAAGUAUCUCACAUCAGGUCAAGAGCUAAAUCUCUGACAAUGAUUGCGAGUUAGGAAGUUUUCCUUUAACUUUAAAUGAUGAUGACAACUUUUCAAACUUGUAACAGUGCAACACUGCCAUGCAAAGAAAAAGAAAAGUCAUCGUGACUAGAGACAAAAGUUUUUAUAAGCUUAAAUUUGACUACGAGGUUUUAUACAUUGUCCUGAGUUCUCCACAUCAUGAUUAUGAUAUUGAGUAAUUUAUAAGUUUUAUAAACUAACUUUUCAUUCAUGGUUCAAUGGUUAAAGAUUUGGUUCAGGACAACAAUAUUAAACAGCUGAGUGUCUUUGACUUUAUAUAAGGAGGGGAGUGAAUUCUGACACAGCCUCCAUGUAAAUUAUGUCAAACAACUUUUUAAUACGUUUAAGUUUUACUCUCCUCUCCGCCUGUUAGUUUCUUGCUACCUCCGCUCUUUACUCUUGUGCCUACAUAAAGGAAGUGAUGUCAUUGACUUUCCCUCCAUGCUCAAACUUGCCUUAAGCCACAGCACAGUCUCUGUGCUACAGGUGGCAGUAUUUAGUAACAGUAAAUUAAAUUUAAAGGGUCAGUUCAAACAAAUUACAAAGAGAUACUGAACGUUCUUCUCUACUUAACCGGAGAGGCCAAACACAACGAUUUUGGUUUUUAUCUGCUGAGGUUUUCAGACAGUGUUUAUUUCCAAAUUUAGGGAUUUAAAGAUUAUCUAGAAAAUUACUGCUUCUUACGAUCAAUAAACCAUGUAAAAACCAAGCAUUACCUGAAAACCAGCGUAUUUAUCUUAGCUUAGUUUUGGUCAACACGCUUUUAAAACUCCUGCUAGUGCCUGAAUGUGGUUAGGGUGGAUAGAUUUGUGUGUGGUGCACAAAGGAUUGAUAGUUCCAGUAAAAAACUAUUGACAGAGUUCUGUGGCUUAUCUAGAUUAACUAUUUCUACAAAGAUAAAAACACUGUUGUGCCAUUUUUCAUUGUUUUGAGCAGCAUACGUUACAUUUCUUUCACCUCCACUCGACUGGGACGUUUCAGAGAAAAGUAUCUAAAAUACUUUUCUGUGACAGGUGAAUUCCCACAAACUGUUUUAAUGAUGUCAUUAAGCUGCACAGUGACUUUAUGUUUCAAUAUGGCCAGUUUUUGUUGACUGAUGUGUCGUCAAGCUGCUAGAGAUUGAUGAGUCCUCUGUGCUCGCUGCCGUUACCGUAGAGAGAAUCUGCAUGUUGCUCUCCUGUAGCCAAAGAGCCCAGACAAUCUGCUUCGGUACAACCCUACCACUUUAUUUGAUGCAUUUUUAUGUACAUAUUUACACUUACUCAUGUAACCCUAGAGCGAAAAAGAAAGACAACAUGGAUGUACGCUCCAUGGCAAGAACAACCAGGUGAAGCCUGGUCAGAGUCGAGCUUAGCGGCGGUGGGUUUGAAGGUUCGUCCUCUGUGGCAGCUUGAACCUUUUUGCUUUGGUCGGCUUUGUAUUUUGCACGUUUUAAUAAUGCGUCUUUAUCCAGUCUUAAACCUUUCAAACUAUCAUGCAAACAUGCUUUUGUAAACCUGGCGUGUUGAAAAUAAACCUUUUUAAAGCUUC